ACCAUAAAGGAAAAGAUGGACAUGGAGAAAAGUGAGAGGAAGGGGAGAGUGACGCUGAUCCUGGCUGCAGCUGCUCUGAUCGCCGGAUUUGGUUCGUCUUUUCAAUAUGGAUACAAUGUGGCUGUGAUCAACUCACCUGCCCCAGAGAUGAAGCUGUUCUACACCCGAAUAUAUGAGGAUCGUUAUGGUCCAAUGUCAGACAAUCUCCUGACCCUCCUGUGGUCCGUAACUGUGUCCAUGUACCCACUGGGUGGGUUUUUUGGAUCCCUCAUGGUGGCCCCAUUGGUGAACAAAUUCGGGAGAAAAGGCACACUCCUGUUCAACAACAUCUUCUCUAUUGUUCCUGCUAUAAUGAUGGGUGUGAGUGAAGUGGCAGGGUCAUUUGAAAUCAUCAUUGCUGCACGCUUUAUAGUGGGCAUCUGUGCAGGCCUGUCCUCCAAUGUGGUGCCCAUGUAUUUAGGAGAAAUUGCACCCAAGAAUUACAGGGGGGCCAUCGGAAUAGUGCCGCAGCUUUUCAUCACUGUUGGCAUCCUUGUUGCCCAAGUGUUCGGUAUUCGCAAUAUCCUGGGAAAUAUGGAAGGCUGGCCCAUCAUGUUGAGUUUCACAGGGAUUCCAGCUGCCAUUCAGCUGAUGCUUCUGCCUUUCUUCCCUGAGAGCCCACGCUACAUGCUCAUACAGAAGGGGGAUGAAAAAACUGCCAGGAAAGGACUGCAGAGGCUGCGUGGCUGGGAGGAUGUUGAUGAGGAGCUGUGCGAGAUGCGUGUGGAGGAACAGUCAGAGCGAGCAGAAGGUCGACUCUCUGUGCUUAACCUCUUCACCUUCCGCUCGCUGCGCUGGCAGCUGCUGUCUGUAAUCUUCAUGAACAUGGGCCAACAACUGUCAGGAGUCAAUGCCAUUUAUUAUUAUGCUGACAGCAUCUAUAGCUCAGCAGGAGUGGCUGACGAUCACGUUCAGUAUGUGACGGUUGGAACAGGAGCAGUUAAUGUCUUUAUGACAAUAGCAGCCGUAAGCCACUUUUUUGACUUAUUAAUGCUCUUCAAGGUUUGCUGUGGAGCCUGUGUUGCCUCCUACUGAACCACUUUACUCCUGACCAUAGCACUCUGCUUCCAGACUACACUGGACUGGAUUCCCUAUGUCAGCAUCGUCUGUGUCAUUAUUUACGUCAUCGGACAUGCUAUUGGCCCAAGUCCUAUUCCUACUGUAAUCACCACAGAGAUGUUCCGGCAGUCUUCUAGACCACCAGCAUUCAUGGUGGCUGGCACAGUUCACUGGCUCUCAAACUUCACAGUCGGCCUGGUCUUCCCCUUUCUAGAGAGUGGCCUGGGCGCUUACAGCUUCAUAAUUUUUGCCUGCAUCUGUCUUGCCACACUUAUAUACAUCUGGGUGAUCAUCCCAGAGACCAAAAACAAGACCUUUCUAGAGACCAGCAAGCUUUUUGCUCAUAGAAACAAGGUGGAUAUUGUGGCGGAGGCUGAGAUCAAAGAGACCGGAGGGGAAAGCGGUGAAGAGGAAAUUAAAAACACAUUUCUCUGAAUGGAUAAGGGGUCGUUUACACAGGACAUGUUCUUGUGUUUGUCUGCAAUGCUUUGAACUGUUUUAAUGCAUUUUAUUUUUCAGCGUAUGCCAGGGUGUUGAAAGCAAGGAAAGGUCAUUUAUUUUAACAUCAAAAUAUUGUGCCUUUUCAUUGUCAUCUGUAUUUGGGGUAUUGACAUUUAUGAGUUUUCAAGAAAGGAAAAACAUGUUUUAAAAAUCAGGUUUAAAAUGCAUGUCCCAAGUUCUUGUAUUCAUAUUAUUUUCAUAUGGUUUUGAAAUACUUUUAUACAAAGUUCAACAAAAGAUUUUAUUUAAUGACAACUGAUGUAAUCAUUGAGUGUAAAGUAAUAUAUUUUCCUUAUAGCUAAAAAUGUUUUCAAAUAUUUUUAUGAUAAGAAGUAUUGUGUCAAAAUUUUCUUUAGCAUUUAUAAUUCUUUAUGAUAAUUUUCAUUGCAUAUUUUACAAUAAUGCCAUGUCAUAAAGGUCAGAUGAUCUUUUAAGAGACUUUUUGACCUUAAGGGUCUGCAGGUGUCCUUUAUAUAAUAUAUUUCUUUGUUUUAUGUUUCUA